CAAAUUACAAAUUACUCGCCGAAGUUUUGCAAGGCAAACGCAGUAUAACCGAACAACACAACGAAAAUGUCCAAAAAAACGAAAACCAGGAAGAUUAUUGUGCGAGUAAAUGGCCAAGCUAACCAAGGUGGUCGGAAAGAAAUGGAAGAUUUUAAACGCGUGCAGUUCGAUCGCGAUCCAGAACAGGCAUUUUUCGCGGUUUUCGACGGCCACGGUGGAAGGGACGCUGCACACUUUGCCCGGGAACAUUUAUGGGACAUGAUUAAGGGACAGAAGGGAUUUUACUCGGGUGAAACAUCACGUGUUAUUAAAGCUAUCAAGGAUGGAUUCAUGGCUACACAUUGCGCGAUGUGGAAACAACUCGGUGAGUAUGGAUUACUUUCGAUCUGUAUUUCCUUCUCGUUGAAGCGAUUUAUAUUCCCGCGUGAAAAGCUUUCGCGAUCGACCCCAUUCUAUCUUGUUCUCCCCGUUAGCGAUGUAAAAUCGAGGAUAAGUCAACACUUCGUAUUUUUUCCGCCAAAAUUAUGGGUCCGAUUAAUAAUUCGUGACGCGCUUCGCAGAGACGAGAGUAAUUUUAUAUCCCGUUGUUCGCUUUUCAUAUGCAAAAUAAACAUGCUUCUUUCGCCGCUUAAAAGCCUUGAAGGAGAGCAAUUUUACUUUGCGAAUACAAACUUACAAAGCACUCAAAAAUGACCUUUAUCAUGAAAAUACAAAGAUUUGCGAUGUUUUAGUGUCCGAUCCCCCAGGCCAUCAUAUACGUUGAGACGAUAGAAACUGUUUGGAAGCUACACAACUGAAAUAUUUUGAUUAAAUUAGUAAAAUGUUUUGCAUGAUUGCUACGUCAUGGUAUUUUUGAUAUUGAGUUUACAUGGAUGUACACAAGGCUUAAACGGAAUAUUUGAUAUAUUGCCGGAAGGAAAAAGUUUGGAAACGAUUAGAUUUUGGUUUUACACCGGAAGUGAAAUACAUCAUACUGUUUUGAAUAUUCUGAAAAAUAGACUUGUGGCUGACACCUGUCGAUCAACUUCGAUUAUAAAACAAUCGGUCACGCACUAUCUCCCUAAAAGAAAAAAAAAACACGCAUCGACAAAACGAAGCAAUUUACGAAAUCAAUGCUCGGCACUUGAACAUUGUUUUCCUUUCAUUUCGCCUAAUUUUCCUGAACAUCCUCAUUCGCUCUCGUCAAUGCGCUUGUCGUAAAAUUUUAACCUCCGAAAGCUAAGGAGGGAAAUUUGGUUUACAGAAGCCCUGCCCAGAGGGCAAAUAUUUAGUUAAAAAACACACGCACACACCCAAACAAUUUUGUGUAGACAAAAUUAAUAAAAAUUGUCUUUACAAUUACCUACCCAUAUUAACAUUUAAUUCAGACGGGCCAAUUUGGUCAAAUGAAUGAAGGGAGGAAGUUUCUAAAGAAACUGCGGUGCUGCGUCGGUGGAAGCAGAACAAGGUAGUUUGUCAGUCGCUGCGGCGAAGGGCUAACGCUCGAAAUGUCAGCUUCCAAGCUAUCAACGGUGGUAAAUUUACGUUAUCAACUAAGUUAUUAAUACCAAAUUAAUUUGACUGAGUGUGGAUGUGAACUUCUCAUUCGCUAAUUUUGCUCCGAACGCUGCCUUUACGAGUUUUUUUUUCUAAAAAAAUAAAUCACUCUAACUUAGUGUUUAGAGUGGUAUGUUGUUCGCACCAAUCAGAUUGCCGCAUUAGGGUAUGUAUCUUACACCUGUCAUAUCACAAUAUUUGGAUGUCUUGCACCAAUCACAGCGUUUGGGUAUUGUUUUCUUGUAAAUGAUGUCCUGGAUCAGGGGCUGUGCACAAAGAAUGACAUUAGCCAGAAAGUUUGGGUCUUCGCGAGAGCCUCGUCGAUCAAGGUCGAGAUUUAUCGGGAUAUGAAAGUUCGCAUUUAAAUUUUAAGUCAAGACGUUGUUUUCCUCUCCUUUACUCACAAAGUACACGUCAAACAGCGUACAUUCCAUCACGUUCGUUCUUUUAAAAGUUAUGCUCUUUUCUGGUACAAAAAUGAAAACAUUAAGUACACAGUGUCCCAUCUCAACCCACCCAGCAUGAAAAUAACUCUUUGCAUGCUACGCAUGCCUAUGUUUUCCCUUUGCUUCCCACACUUCACAUUGACAAGUCCGUGGUCUGUCAGAUGUCUGUGAUCACUUGAGGAACAGGUGAUCAAUCGGCUCACAUAACACCAGCAAAUGUUACCCAAGGUCAUUUGAGUUGAAGUGACAAAGAAAGGGAAAGAAGCGAAUUUUUUUUUUCCGUGAUAGUCUAGACACUGUAUCUUAUUUCCUUUUUUUCGAUUUCGUUUUGGUCGAAUUUUGUUCCUUUGUACCUUGUACCGAGAAGGGCGGAAAGAUUCUAAUCAUUCUCCUUUCGCAGAUGUUACGGUACUUCGGCUUUUCCGGUGCACCCAACCCUCAUCCCCACUUUUCUACGUUUCCUGCAAUGUUACCAUUGCUUAUAAGCUUUAUAUCAGAAAAGAAAGGAAAAUAAUGCCUAUUUUAAAAACAGUUUGCCUCAGGGUUCAUUUAAAACAAUUCAAGAAAAUUUAACAUAAAAUUAUUUUUAACGUUUUUUUUCCUGCUAGAUUCUUGGCCUCGUACAAGACAUGGACUGCCAAGCACAUCCGGAACCACUGCAACUGUGGUUAUUUUUAAAGGUAGAACACUGUACAUAGCUCACGUGGGCGAUUCAGGCGCUGCUCUCGGCCGAUUGAGUAAAGAAAAGAAACUACAAGCGGUCCCUCUCACUGCCGACCACAAGCCCGACGUUCCUUCGGAAAAGAAUCGGAUAGAGUCACUCGGCGGAAAGGUCCUCUCUCGUAAUGGUGUCCCGCGAGUGGCUUGGGAAAGGCCCGUCCAUCAUGGACACAAAGGCCCUGUCAGAAGAAGCACCCAAACAGAAUCUGUACCGUUUUUGGCGAUUUCGAGAGCACUUGGUAAGUAAAAAUACCUGUGAUUAGCAAUCAUGUUUGAGACGUUUGCACGUAAUUUCGGUGUGUUAAUCAAAUUUGACAGAGUUUUUCGCAGAUAGCGCUCAAAUGUCCCCAAAAAUACCUUGUUGGAGAGCGAAUUGAGUUCUGGAACAUCCAGAAUGUAGAAUACUUCUGCACUGUGCUUCGUUUUGUCCAGGACGCACAACUGCUCCCUAUAUUCUGAUUGGUUGUCUAGAUACCGGCAUCUAAAGUUGGAUUAGCUAAAAAUAUGAGAGGCGUGUUGCGUAAAUGAACGCCACGGGAUAAAUAUUUUAAAUAACGAAAUUUCCCGACAAAUUUUCGUUUGUCAUUAUUCCUGGGAUGUUUUGGCGAAAUCCGACGAAAAUCGGACAGCUUGUAUUCCUCCCAAAAUCAAAUGUUCGCAAACAACUCGCGCCACACCUCCUGAAACCGCAAAAACAACUUCAGGCGAUAUUGAAAUAGAUAGAUGUGUUUCAAGGGCUGAGAGAGUUAGAUGUAUUUCAAAGGAUGUCACAACAAUUCCAGGCGAUGAUGAAGGAGUAGGAUGUGUUUCAGUUUCCAGUUUUGUUCCUGGGAGGGUCUCGACGAUUCCAAGUUUCGUCGAAGGGGUCUGUUAGCUUGCAGUCGAGGCAGCAUCGAUUCUCAUUAUAGCAAGCUGCGUAAAUUAGGUGAAUUCGUCCACUUCACAAACUCCCUCAUCUAGCUGAGUAUCGGUGAAGACUGCAAGGAUUUCUUGAUCUAAAUUUCGUAUCGUGUCGAGCUUCUCUUGUAAUAGGAGUUUCUGCAGUCUCAAUAAUGUACUUUUGAGGGGUGACAGUAGAUUAUCUUCAUUAAACGUUUCCAAAAUUUCCUCUGCAGACGAAACAAUUUUUCUUGUGACCCGCUCGGAGCUUCCAUUUUCUCGCAAACUUUCCAGACAUCAGGAUUAUCGCAGUUAAUUUACCACAAGACUCAGAUCACGGCUUCAAAGGACUCACUCGUGUUUCUCAGUUUCCGUAUGAUCGUUGAUCGCAAUCCGUUUUCAUCCGGCUCGAAGGACCAUGUUGAAUAUCCAACAUUAUGGCAAGUUAAAGUAGGCUCAAAAGGCUCCUAUUUCCGCGGUUCGACUCAAGAAUUGGCUCAAACUCGAUGGAUUACAAUCAACUUAAAUCACGUGUGAACAGCCACAUUGCCCGCAUCUUGAGGAGGUGGCUCGUGCUCCUACAAUUCCACAAUGCAUUGCGCUCUUAAAUUGUGACACAUUGUCACGACGUCUGUAACAGGCGACCUUUAUGUUGAAAUAAAUCUCCGGAGCAAUAAGCGCAGAGAUGUCAAUAACUAUUUAGAUAAGCGGUUGUCGAUUGUGUAAAUGACGGCUGUUCCUGCAAAAGGGACCGUAAGACCCCUUUUUCCUAGGGGGGUCUGGAGGCAUGCUCCCCUAGAAAAAGAGUUUAAAUCUAGAAGCUCGGAGAUGUAGUUUCCAGCAUUCUGGGCAACAAAAGAGCUUGCAGUUUAAACAGACGACAUUAAAAGAUCUUUGAAGUGGCGAUAGACCGCUACCAACCGCCUUCAUUUGACUCCUACGAAUAUUUUACGCCUGUGGUUGAUUGUUGAUGCGCCAGAAUAAACUGAAAAUAAUUUAAAAGUGGACAAAUUAGAUCAUCAGCGGCUCUUCUCAGCGCGUUUCGAAGCAUGGCAUAUUUGCUGACCUAAGAAACAAAUUAUUCUUAUUCUAUUGUUUACUUGUACAGGAGAUCUUUGGAGUUUCGACUACUAUCGGAGUGAAUUCAUAGUCUCCCCAGUUCCUGACGUUCGAGUUUACAAGAUCACGCCUGGUAUCGACAAGUUUCUGAUCAUUGCAUCGGAUGGCCUAUGGGGGGUGAUGAGAGUUGAAGAAGCGGUAAAAAUAGUCCACAAUUUUGACAAACAUGACCAGUUCAAAGGAGGAGAUGUAUCGCACAGGUAAGAGUAAAGCUUUGAAUGGUAACUGUUUUCGAGAGAAUAAUCGUUCAAAUACGUCUCCAUAUCAACUUCCUUUACAAAGCUAUGUUUAUUUGAGUUUCUUCUCUCGAAAUUUUAAACAACGAAUGAAUUUAUUCAUAACAAAGGAAUCGUAAUGACCCAUCACUAAAGUUCAUGAAUCAGUGAGAAAUUAACGAAUAUGAAAAAUGGGUGGUCUGGCCAAAACUUUACAACUUGAUUGGUUAGCCUUUACUGGCAUCUGAUUGGGCGAAAGGGUGACGUAGGUUUCCCCGUAAGCUAACUCUAUCAAAAUAUCGAUGAAGAAGAAAUAAUUUAAGCUUUCGAUUUUGUUAAAUCCCGACAGGUUAAUAAGCCGGGCCUUGCAAAGAUGGCGUGAGCGAGAACUUCGUGCAGAUAACACCAGUGUAAUAGUUGUGCAUUUUGACGAGACAGAACCUGACGAGCCGCGGAACAAAAUCCCAAGACUAGACACUCCUGAGAGUGAAGAAGAUGUGGAGACGGACGUAAAUCAAUCCACGGAUUCUUCGCAGGAGAGUGAUAGAACACCCAAUCAAGACUUCGAUUUAGCAGCUGACAAACCAGCUCUGGUGAGAAAGCUAGCAUUCCGGUGCGCCGAUCCACUCGAAUUGUCUACCUGCAUGAAUAACAGUUCACCAAACAAUUCACCGAAUGGACUUCUAUCAACGUUAAACUUACAAACUUCUAAAUGUUCAUCGCCGGCAGUGUAGAAAUCAUUUGCUGUGUAUACCUGCUCAACAAGCGUGGAUGUUCCACUCAUAAUCGCUCCGAAUUCCCGCAGUCCACUCGAGAACAGUGAACCUGAUCACGUGGUCAAACUGCCUAAUAUUAUUGGUUUUCAUCAAGCACUGUAAACAUGUUUUAGGAAUUGACGGUGGGUCUUUGUUUGUUCCUGGUGAACGGUAUCCGGAUUUCUGUAAUUGUACAUAUUGUAGAUAUCCAAUGAAUUGCAUUCGUGAAAUCUUAAACCUAAUUAUGCAAAUAGAAAAUACACUCAAAUGCCUUUAGUAGGGCAAAGGAGCUUUCACUUUACUUUGUGUCGUUAAAAUAAGAGUUCUCACAAAUUGCUUGGAGCAGUUUACUACUUCGAAAUGUCGGUUACUUGAAAGUAAAAUCUCUUCAAAUGCAUGGAUGAAAAAUUCAUCCCCCAACCAGUUCCACAUCGUAGAAAAAUAUGUUUCCUUGAUAAGUACUUAAAUUUGACUGAAUAAAUAAUUUUCCAUGCAAUACUUUUACAGGAUUAACGCUUUGAUUAUCGUUGGAUGAGAAUUCUUUUAUAAUAUAGACACACAGUAAAUUAUACAUAAAGAUGAUGAGAAGGUAUCACGUGUGGGACAUUGUCCGGAUAUAGCGCCAAAAUCUUACGGAAGUAACGAUUGCAGACUACUGUAAGCUAUUUCUAUAAAAGCUGAAAAAUCUUAGCACAUGAUUAUUAAAUUAUUUAUUAGUACACGAGCUAAUGGCAGGACCAACGAUACAACAGAAGAGGAUUAAAAGUCACG